AUGCCCUCACAUUCCUCGCACCUUUUACAGCCCCUCGAUAUCGGUUGUUUUGCGGUGUUAAAGCGCUCAUACGGUCGGCUUGUUGAAACGAAGAUGCGGAACGGGAUCAAUCACAUCGACAAACUUGAUUUCCUUGAAGCUUACACCCCCGCCCGAAUCGAGGCUUUCAAACCAGAGACUAGAAAGAAUAGCUUUGUAGCCGCUGGUUUAGUGCCUUUUUCUCCCGAUCAAGUGAUUUCGAAGCUCGAUAUCCAUCUUCGAACCCCGACACCUCCCCCAAGCCGGGAUAGCGAUUGGGACCCAAAAACGCCUUCGAACUAUAUCCAAUUACAAAAGCAGGCUUCGUCAAUCAAAGCAUUACUUCGUGCGAGGUCUAAACCGCCUCCGAGCCCGCUUAAUUCGGCGAUUAAUCAGGUUUUAAAGGCCUGCCAGAUCACUAUGCAAUCAGCUGCUUUUCUCGAGAAAGAAGCAAGCGAUUUACGGGCUAAAAUGAGGAGAAGAACCAAAAGCGCAAUGGAUCUCGAAGGCAAAUACCUUCUACCGAGGGCCUCUCACCAGAGGAAGCAAUUGAACCCCCUCCCCCACCUCAGCCAAGAAGGCCUUCGCCACCUUUACAGCCGAGAACGAGAGCAUUAA